AUGUUGAAAUCAGCACAUUUAGCAUACCCAAUAAAUUGUCCCGCAAAGUCUACAAUGACUCCGAUCCGUGAAAGUGGUCAAGACUUUUUUGUCAAACCUGGGAAUAUUCAGUGCUCAGUUACAAACUCCCACUCUUAUAAAAGCAACACACUCACUCCAAUCAACCCUUACUCAAAGUCAAUAUGGCAAAAUGAACAGGAAUUUAGGUCUGACGCAAUUAGGAUCGAAAAAUUGAGAUCGAAGGUCACCGAAUAUUCUCCGAAGAACCCAACGUCACAAACAAAGAGCUUAGCUCGCGCUCUUAGUGAACAGCCAAAGAAUACUGAAUUCGAGUCACCAGAGGGGCCCGUUAACUUGGCUCCCCGCAUUAGUGCUUUUUUUGACUCAUUUUUUCACAUACUGAAGAAUGAAGAGGAGUUCUCAUACACUACCGACGCUCUAAACAUGGUUUAUCGGCAGGAACUAUACAACAAUCGGAGAUUUCGCGAUAAACUGAUGUCAAAAAAUUCUAACGACGAAAUAAUGCUAUUUGGGAACAUCGAUACCAUAUCGCAGCUAAGCUCAAUCCUCGCCAAAACGUUGAAGAACUAUAUUCGAACUUGCUGCAAGUCAGGUACUGAUCGUAUAUUAUGGGAGGGCCAUGACAAUACUAUUAGCGUUCCUCAAGAGUUUGUGGAUGUAUUUGAUCCUACUGACUUUCUGGAAUCGCAUUUGAAUAAAAUCAAGUCAACUUAUAGCGCUUACUUUUCGACCCAUAACCGACAGCUUCAGCUCCUCGCGAAGUUAAAAUUCAACAGGCAAUCUCUUUUUUACAAAUGGUACGAAAUUUGUCUUGAAAAAAGUGGUCAUUUGCGAAUUGAAGACAUAAUAGAAGCACCAAUCAAUAGGAGCCUGGAUUUUCAAAAUGAGCUUGAAAUCAUGAUUUCCAGAGCAAUGAACUAUUUACCGGGUAAAACGAUCAUUAAGCUCAAGUCGUUUCAAGGGCGCUAUGCUUUGUUCCUAAAAGAGGCUAAAAGGCUGUUAGAUGUCGCACCGUCGGCUUCAAUCCGUGCCUCUCUUUGCCCUAAUUCCCAUCAGAUCGAAGCGCGACUUUUAGUUCCGGCCAGUAUUCCUUCAAGCAGGUCGAGUGAUACACACUUUUCUCUUUCCUCUAGUAGGUACUCUGACCGUUCAAAUGCAGAAUUUUCGAGCCAGGCAGAGAAAACUCUCGACACAAAUGUAGAACAAACUCUUCACACAGAUGCCGAAAAAUAUCCUACGCCUGACGAGGGCCUAACUCUCGCCGAGCUAAUGGAGAGAUUUAAGCGUGUGAAAAAGCUUCUGAGUAUUUUAGAGAAAGAGGUAAGGAAGUUUGAUUUAACAGCGGUACUAGACAAAAAUUUGAAACAAGCAGAGGAAUGGAGGAAAAUAUUUGAAUUUGAGCCCCCCAGUCCGCUUCUUACAGAACACAAAAAUGUCGAAUCCAUUUACAGCGCCUAUGUCAACAAGAUUCACCAACAGCGGCAGGAAGUCAUGCUCAUGAAGCUAACUGAUAUACAGACACACACACUUGAUCCGCUAUGUCGGAUGCUAGAACUAUGCAAACCUGUAGAGUCUAAGAUACAGGACCUGAGGAGCUUGAAAAAAGACUACAUCGGCUUUUUAAAAUCUAAAGAAGAAAGAAAUGUUAGAGUGGAGGUAAUUAUACAACAUUUCAAGUCUCUGCAGGAUCAACUUCUGAGGGAGCUGCCACUGUUUUUAGAAAUUGUCUCGAAAGUCACUUAUUCGAUACUCAUUGCAUAUAAUCGAAACAUGAUGAGCUACAUGGAAAUUCUAGGUGGAGGCAGACGGCUGCUCCAACGAGAACUAGGGCUCAUCGAUACGGGAGAAAGGGAUGCAGGUGAUAACUUUGAUAUCUUACAAUUGUUUUCAUCCUCGCGAUUCUACGCUAAACGACUGAUCCGCGAGAAUUGGAAUUGCCAUGGCAAGGCAGAGGAGAGUCGAGUGGUUCGAAAACUGUUUGAAAUGUAG